GCCUUCUAUUUAAUUGCCAGGUUGCUUGGAAUCACAACAGAAUAUGGCGUCCCCAAAAUUAAAUCAAAUGGAGAAAAAGAGAUUGCAAGGAUUUCUAAACGAGAUGUUGAGAGUUGGAUGUUUGAAGGGUUUCAAAUAUUUCGCUCUCUAUCUACGAGGUCGAGAAGAGUUAAUAUGCAGAGUCCUAAAUGAACCUAUGUCUCCAGAAAUCUGGUCAUACUAUACUUCACCUUCUUCUGAAAAGACGAGAAAAGGAACGCUAAGUUUUACAUUUGACGACCAGGCCAGUUUACCAAGGAAUGAACAAUCCUUAAUCAUGUCUGCAAACACUCAAAAAAGUUUAAGUGGAUAUGGUUUCAUGGAUAUUGGUUUACCACCAGCAAGUCCUAGUGAAAAAGAUAUUGAUUUAAAGGAUGACAAAUCAACCUUAUUCCUUAUUGCUGCUUAUGCUCGGUACAGCUGUCCAUAUGUGUGGGUAAGAUCAAACCAUGAGAGACUAGUGGCACUUUCUAAUGAUUCUGGCAAAGAAAAAAUGAAGGAUAGUCCAUUGAAACUUAAGUCCACAGCAGAAUGGAAACAGAGAGACAGCAAACUCUGGGACAUUAUCGCUGAGAUUGUAAAGCUGUGUAUGUACCCAGCUCCUCUCAACCCAUUUGCCAUUGAUUUCAAGUAUUUUGAAGGUCUGCCAUUGGUUCAAAGAGUCAUUGCAACUGGUGCCAUGGCUCAUUUCUUGCAGAAGGUUGUUGCAUCUGGUGACCAUGCAUACAAUGCCAGAGUCUUUGAUGACUUAGGAGAAAUCACAAGACGUCAUUUUAAGGACUUGCAGACUGUUGUGCGGCAGAGAAGAUUGCAAGAAAUUGAACAAGCUUCACCACAGAAUCCAGUACAAUAUAAUACACAGCCCCAAGAUACCCAGUAUUACAACACUCGGCAGCAAAAACAGCAGACAAACUAUUACCAAACAGGACCAGUGCAGCAGUCACUUCAAGCAUCAGGCUACUCUGGCCAGUAUCAAUCUGGGAAAAUGUAUUAGUCUGCCUCAAUUUCAUUAAGACACAGACAUAAGGGCAGCCAUGUGGUCUUUUUGUAAUGAUUUUCAUGAGGAAGAAAAUGCACCUGUAAAUUGUAAGAUGAUAAUUGGUAACAUUUUUCUAGGUUGGAUACACUGUAAACUCAACAGGUAUUAUAAAUUAGCACAUAAUUUAUGUUUUUCUAUUGUGAAAAUACUACUUCCAUAUAGCACUUGCAGGGAUGUGUUUAAUUUAACUCUGACUGUAAGAUUAUUUUAUUCCUCAAUUAGAAGAUAAACAUGAGAUUUGUAUUGGUAGAUACUGUAGUUUUAAGUCAUUUGUAAAAGCCAACAGAAGUGAAGGCCAAGCCUUCCUUUUGGUUUUGUUAGAUUCUUGGUGUAUUAUUCUUUGGGAAAAGUAAACAUUUUCAAUAAUUCUUA